CCGUGCCAGCAGGAGUUUUGAAUAAACCAGGACGCCGGUGUCUGCUUUCAGAUGAAUCCGUGAUGAGGCUGGACGAGAGGAGGGACGGACGCUUGGCUUCAUCUGUGAGGAGCAGCGGCGGGCACAAGUGCGCUCACCACCACCACCAUCAUCAUCACCAUCGUCGCCAGCCGCAUCUGGAGCUCCGGAGAUAAACACGCUGGUGCGGACUCUUCCCCGAGAACGAGAUGUGCUGUGGACUGCCGCUGGUUCCUUCUCCACCUCCGGUUCAAUGGCAGACAAAAGCUGCACUCUCCAGCAUCCCUGUUAUCGCUGAGCUGAGAAAGGCUGAACCCGUCCAGGGCUGAAUCUCAAUCUCCUGGUCUCGCUUCCUUUUUAUCUUAUAAAUCUGCUGCCUGCUUUUUUAUCACCAUGACCUGCUACCUGGUGUCUGCCUUUCUGUUAGUGCUCCAGACGCUGGCUGUCUCAUCAGAGCUUAUCCAGGCUGACUUUGACUUGACACUCGAGCCUUUGGACCUUGAUUCUGAAAUACCCAUCAACGCUUCAUCUCCACCUCCUGGGACGAGUAAGAGAGAGCCGCACAGUAUCAUUAUUGGGGUCCGUAAAGGUGGCACUAGAGCGUUGUUGGAAAUGUUGGACAUUCACCCCGAGGUCGCCGCUGCUGCCACUGAGGUCCACUUCUUUGACUGGGAUGAGAAUUACGCCAAGGGCUUCGAGUGGUACCGGGACUUGAUGCCCUACUCGUACCCUCACCAGAUCACGAUUGAGAAAACGCCCGGCUACUUCACAUCCGCUCUUGCCCCGGAACGCAUCUGUGCCAUGAACUCAUCCAUAAAACUGUUGCUCAUAUUGCGUGACCCGGCAGAGCGGGUCAUUUCUGACUACACCCAGGUCUACUUCAACCGCCUGGAGAACCACAAGCCGGUUCAAGCCAUCGAGAACCUUCUAGUGCGCAACGGAGCCCUGAACACCCGCUACAAGGCCAUCCAGAGGAGCCUUUACGACGUCCACAUGCGCAACUGGCUGCGGCACUUCCCGCUGGAGCAAAUACAUAUCGUGGACGGGGACGCCCUCAUUCGUGACCCACUGCCAGAGCUUCAGAAGGUGGAGCGAUUUCUCAACCUGCCUCCCAGGAUAGUAUCCUCCAACUUCUACUUCAACCAGACAAAAGGCUUCUACUGUAUCCGCAGUGACGGUCGAGAGCGCUGUCUGCACGAGUCAAAGGGACGACCCCACCCCGCCGUCAACAGCACCGUUCUCCAGCAGCUCCGCUCCUUCCUGCAGGAGCACAACCGAACCUUCUUCAGGCUGGUGAAGCGCACGUUUGACUGGCAAUAAAACGACUGGACUGAAAAGAGCCACGGCCCUACUCACUUUUUUUUUUUUUAAAAAGAGGGGGUCACGAAGCACUUUACUGAACUCUUUCAAAAGACUGUUGGGAACUUGGGGUCACCAACAGACCAGAUCCUUAUUUACACGAAUGACAACCGUUGCUAGAUUACAAACAAGACUCCUCGAGCUUAAUAAGUCAUUCUCUCUGUUCUUAAAGUGAUCGAGUUGCAGUGGAAAC